GAGAUGUGUAGCUUUUCAUUGCAAGACGGACGCCAUGAUUGGUCGACUGGCGAAAUGGCUACAAUUGACCCAAAGGGUGAUGUAAGCCGAUGCUUAAACUGAAGAUUAGACCGAUCGCCGAUUACGUUGACCCAAGUUGUCGUGUAAGCUUGUUGCGCGUCUGAAGCUCGAAGCUGCUCACUUUCCAACUUCCUUUCUAAAGCUCAAGCGACUACUGAAAACUCCAAUCCGAACAAUGGCCCCAUCGACGCCUAAGCUCUUCACGCCCGUGACUUUGGGCGGCAAGAGCCCGAUCCAGCUCAAGCACCGAGUGGCCAUGGCUCCUCUCACCAGACUCCGUACAGGAGCGGAAGGUGAGCCCAAAGCAAUCGCUGCAGAGUAUUACUCGCAGCGCACCACCGACGGCGGUCUGAUCAUCACGGAGGCCACCGACAUCUCCAAGCAAGGCAACGGCUACUACGGAGCUCCUGGACUGUACACUCAGGAGCAAGUGGAGGCGUGGAAGCCUGUCACUAAAGCCAUCCACGAUAAGGGUGGCAAAGUCUUCGCACAAUUGUGGCACACGGGUCGUGUGAGCCACCCGCUUAACCAACCUAAUGGAGGAUUGCCCGUUUCAGCCAGCGCCACCAGCAUGGGGGCUGUAACGAGCCACGCGGUCACCGCGGAGGGCCGCAAGGAGCACAUGACACCGCGCGCUCUGGAAGCAGACGAGAUCCCUAGUAUUGUGGAGGACUACAAGACGGCGACGAAGAAUGCCCUCGCUGCAGGCUUCGACGGCGUGGAGCUGCACUCUGCUAAUGGCUAUCUGCUGGAGCAGUUCCUGUGCGACGCGACCAACAAGCGUACGGACAAGUACGGCGGAUCGAUCGAGAACCGGGCUCGAUUCCUGUUCGAGGCGCUUGAAGGCAUCCUUUCCGUGACGGACUCGAGUAAGGUGGCUAUUCGUCUCUCACCGUACGGUGUCACUUUUGGCUGCACGGAUUCGAACCCUUUGGCGACGUACGGAUAUGUGAUCCGUAAGUUGAACGACUAUGACCUGGCCUACCUUCACAUUGUUGAGCCGUAUGGCUGGCAUUUCACGGGCCCAUUGGUGCCGGAAGGCGGCAUCUCGCCGGUGCUGCGUCCACUGUACAAGGGCGUAAUCGUUGCGGCUGGCGGCUUUAAUCGUGAGAAGGCCAUCAAGAGCGUCGAGGAAGGCUACGACGACAUCAUCGCUUUCGGACGCGACUUCAUCGGUACGCCCGACAUUGUGGAGCGUCUUAAGGCCAACAAGCCCCUGAACAAGUACAACACCAAAACGUUCUACCCUCGCUCGUGGACCGACCCGUUAGAGGUGGGAUACACGGACUACCAAAUCUGGCAGGAGAAGUAAGGUUUGCAUUGCUGGGAAGACGGCAAAUGUUAUUAAGACAAAAACAGAUACUAAGUAGUAUGUUGCCUUCCUAUCGAUAACCUUUGCUCUCAAAGUUGCCCCCCCCCC